CUCUCACGUAUAUGCACACCUGCCACCUGUGGAGCUAUACAUGCACAGCAGAGAAAAGUUACCGCCCCUUGUAAUUCUCCGUGUAGUUCUGCAGCUUCCACAUGGCGCCCCGCAGCAUCGACAACCCGUUGUGGAAUUCGGCUGUGGUGGCAUUCACAGCCGCCAACGUCGUUUUCGUGCCGUUGUUGAACACGAGCACAGCCGAAGUGACGUUUUCAGAGAAGAUCGCCGACACGUUGCUGACGGACACGUUGCCGAAUAUUUGAAGUGUGUCGCGGAGUGCCGUCGUCGCCUCCGUGAUGACGGUAGGUGCUUCGAUGGUCAAACUUUCCGUGUGCCACCAGGCGAGCCCAAAGAGGAUUAGCACAAGGACCAGCAUGAUGCAAAACUGCUUUUUACCAGAGGAGGCAGCCGUCACACACGAACGUGCAGA